AUGUCCUGGAGAGGCUCGCAAGUGCUCCGCCUGGCAACCGUCCAGUGCGGCAGCACAGGUCGGAAUCGACACCAAUGGGGUAUUUGGCAGGGGCAGAGCUUGGCCACACUGGGGGCGGACGUCGCCUUUCUCACGGAGACGGCGCUGCAGAGCGAUGCGCAACACGCGCUAGCGUGCAAAGGCCUGCUUGCCGCUGGCUACCGGGCAGUCAGCCACGGCCGCUCCCCUCAGUGUCCCAGCUCUGGUUCCACCUCCUCCUCCUCCUCAUCUGGGGCCGGCUCAGGCGUCCUCCUUGCAGUUCGGGCAGGCUACUCGGGUGGUUGGAGCGAUGUUUCCAGGCACGCGUCUGGGAGAGCUGUAGCUGCAGUUUUGCAUACUCAAAACGGCCUCAGCCUGAGAGUCGCUGCGAUCUACGGCCCAGUCGGUGCCUGCUUGCCGGACUUUGGUGUCCGCCACGCCGCUGAACAUCAACAGCUACUCAUCGUCGGGGGUGACCUCAACUCCUUCGUGUCCCAAGAGCUUGAUUGUUGGGAGGGCACAUACUCCGUCCGUCCAGCCUCCUUGGCACCUUUCCUUCAGGCACGUGGCUUCCUGGACAUGUUCCGCGUCAGGCACCCUCGACUUAAAGCGUUCACCUUUUUCUCCCGGGCGGGUUCAGCAAGCCGGCUUGACUCCAUAUGGUGGUUGCCAUGCCCAUCCUUGGAAGUUCAUCUUCUCAACGCCUCGAUUCUAUGGAAGUGGGACCGCCGGGUCGACCACGACCCCGUGCUUGCUGAUCUUGCGCUGCAGCUGCCCACGGUGCCAGACACUUCCCCUCCCGCAAGGCCUUGGCGAAACCUGGUGAGUCGACUGGACACUGACCUGCCAUCGGUCAUUUCCUCUCGGGCCGCUCAGCACACUGCACGGUUGUCGCAACUUGCGUCAGCGUUGUCCUCCCUGGAAGAAGAGUGGCGAGCCUUGCCUCAACCGCCCUGCGAAGGCCUGGACGGCUUCCACGGUUUGCCCUCCCUGACUCCUCCGGAAUCUUUCACUCAGCGCGUGCAGUCCACUGUGGACGGCGUGAUGUCGGUUCUUAUGGCCGUCCUUCCCCCAGUGCACCCUACGCACCCUGUGCCAGAGCGGCAACUAGGCCGUCAAGCAGAAGCUUGGCACGCGUGCCUUCUUGAACUCAGGCGCGUUCGAACAGCGGUGCGAGACGCGCUCCCGUCUUCAAGACAUAGCCUCAACCUCGCACGCUUCCCACUUUCCACCGCUGCCACGCUGUGGUCCAAAGCAGUGGACAUGGAAAAUCAUGCCAGGCAGGAUGGCGCUGUUGACCGACCGGGCCUCCCUGCCUGGGAUCUUUUUCUCCGGAAUCGAGUAGAGUGGGCUUCCAGCCUCGGUUUUGACUCGUCCGUAGCCCCUCUGGCAUCAGCACUCGAUGACGAACAGCCGAGGCUUGCUGGCAAUGUUUCUUUGCGUUGGCCUCCAGCCCCCACCUGGACCUCCUUACCCCCUUCGCCCUCUCCGGCACAAUGCCUUCAAUUGCUAGAUGACAGCAUCGCAGAGGCAGCCAAGCGUCAAUCUGCUGUCGCUCAGAGCUCAGUUCGCUCUUCUCGUCAGCUACGCAUAUCCUUGUUGCGUCGAGGCGACGCCAAGGGCUGGGCCUCCCGUAUGCGCCCUGCCUCCUUGCCACAGGCCCGCUACUCUCCAGAGUGGGUCGCGGAUGCUGACGGCUCCCGCCGCCGCCCCUGUAGCACAGGCGACGUGCUUCAGGGAGCCACGCAAGAGUGGUCCAGGCUGCUGCAGCAACCUCCCCAACCAUGGCAGCAUGCCUCCACACUGUCUUUCACUGACGGCAACGGUGCGCGCCGUGGUGCCAUCGAUUUCCUGCAGGUAGGUGCCUCACAUCCAAACAGCGACCUUUCCCGCGUAGGUCUUGCAAUGCUGUCACCUGGGCCAUGGCGGCUCAUCUCCUUCUCAGGGGCCAAUGUGAGCUAUGUGCAACCACAAUGCUUGCGCGUUAGCACAGACACAGGUGCAUGGCUCCUAAGGCUUGAGCAUCAGGAUUGGUGGGCCACCAGGCCGCUCCCCUGCUCAGGGUCACCCCUUAAGGUUCUUUCCCUCGGGCGCCAUCCUGCAAACAGCCUCUCGUUGGAGCACUUUCGUUGGGCACCCUCCCCCAGCGUUUUAGUUCUCCGUUGCCCGGACCCUGUUGACUACAGCUUUGUGGAACGCACGUCCCAGCUCGAAAAGAGCUCCCUGCUUUCCCGCUUCCGUCACUCUCGGCCGGGCCCCAGCGGCUGGAAGGUCUGCUUCAUUGAGGCUUUUCCGGAACCGUUCCGCGACGCUUUCUGGCGCUCCCUCGACCUUCAACGCCUCACCGGCGUAGUGUCGCGCACCUUGCAACAUGCAGACCAAGUUCACUUGGCUAAACCAUCUGGCGGCUGGCGUCCUCUAUCCAUGUUGGAGGAAAACCUCAAAGCCAUAGAGGCUCCAGUCGCCGAACGCCUGGCGCUAUCUCGUCAUGGCUGGUGCCCUACAGAGCCCUUCUCCGAGCUUAACAGAGCCUACUCCAAGGGCGUGUCUGCUGCAGCCGAGGUACUUUACCUUGAUGCACUCCUCUGUGAAGAUGCUAGGCGAUUCUGCCGUCCCUUCCUUCGGGUCCCGGCCGAUUACGAGAAAUUCUUUAACACGCUGCAGCUCACUCAAAUCGAUGCCGUGCAACAGGGUCGAGGCUUUCCGGAUUCAGUACGCCGCCUGCACCAGGGCCUCUUCCGCACCUUGCAGGUGGCCCUGGAUACCCGUUCAGGUCCCACCGAUCCAGUGCCCUUGACCCGCGGCAUUCCACAAGGAGCUGUGUCCUCUCCAGAGCUCGUCGUGGCUGCGGGGUAUGUGGAUGACAUAGAACACUAUGGCAAUGGGUUGUCCGAUCUUCCUCCCAUCUUGGGCAGCUUCGCCCUGGGCAGCGAAGCUUCGGGUGUUGGCUUUGCCUGGUCGAAGUUCUCGGCUUUUGCGUCUGACUGGGACUCAGCCCUGCCUGCCAUCCAAGACCCGCGCAUCCACCAAAAUGGGGCCACUGUCACCAGUUGGGACAUCUGGGCCGGGGGGCUCCAACACUACACCCUCCCCCGUUCACAAGUGGACCACGUUGACACUCUUUUGGGCAAGCGGGGGACGGUGGCUGACCGCCAUACUUUGGCAGCUCAAGACCUCGUAACCAAGCUAGAAGCCGUUCGUCACCGUCUCGCCUGCAAGUGCUGCUCAUGGGAUGAGGGGCGAGCCAUGAUCCAAUGGAUUCUCGGGGGAUCUCUAGGCUAUGCUCCCCUAGUAGGCCUCCCUUCACCUGCAACCCUCCAUCAGGAAGAUGCAGCUCUGCAUCGCUUGCUCCUCUCAAGUCUGGGUACCCGAGUAACUGCUGAGCGCAUGAGUCUGUCAGCCUCGCGGAGCAGUGGCGGGCUAGGGGUGCCCCUUCUCUCGGAGAUGCUGGUCGCUUCCACUGCCGCUGAUCUCCUUCUCCUACUAAAUGGCAAGUCGUCAGCUUCACUGGUGAGCAGAGACACCCUGCGGCAGGCCUUGCGCAGCUCGCCCCACACACUCCCGAACUUCGCGGGCUUGCUUCUUUCCGCACUCAACCUCCUGGCCGGCUACGGCAUUUACAUCAGCCUCUCCACUGAUCGCUUCGUGGCCAGGAUGCUUGACAAUCUCCGCCCCCCUCCCCCACAUCCCUUGGUUGGCCGCUUUAAGCCAGACGUCUUUGACGCAGCUGCUCGCUACUGCAGGGUGGGCGUGCUAGCUAACUCGGUUCGCCUGGCUUGGGUCUCCUUGGUAGAGCGGCGAAUCCCUAUGGAUUCAUGGCAUGAUGCUGAGGUGUGGGCAGAGUUUCUCCCAGCUCACUCCCCUGUCACUGCAGCCUCUUGCGCUUCUGCGGCCGCUGCAGCCCUCGCCCAGUCGAAUCUGGACUGGCGUACUGAGUGCUCCCUUUUCGGUUUGGAGGUGGUGCCAGACAUCUCGGAAAACUGGCCCCAGUUGGCCUGGGAAGACCCCUGGGACUUGGCCUGCAAUCCCCGUGCCAGAGCCCUCCUCACCCCACUACCCCAUGCGUCGGAUACGUCUGAUAGUGCCAUCUAUGGAGACGGGGGGUUUUCCAAAGAUGGUGCCACGUUUGCCUGUCAAGCCAGGGGCUUUGGGAGUGUUGGUCAGUAUUGGGAGUGCUCAGCAUGGGUUUCUCGGCAGAUCCAGGGUAAGCUUCCUACGCGCUAUGGUUGGGAGUCCUCGACCAUUCACACUGCAGAGUUGCUCUCUUUAGCAGUCUCCCUCCGCUUUCGCCGGGCCGACAACUGGCAUCUCCUGGUUUUUGACAGAAGCGCCCUCUUCGAUUCUCUGCGCACAGCUUCUGCAGGUUCCUUGUCAAAGCUCCUUUCUGCCCCUUCGCUUCACUUGGUGUCGCUGCUGAAGUACGGCUUGGACGACCUCCGCCAUGCCUGGGCCGCGCAAGCCACUCCUCCUUCCUGGAGGCUUCACCAGCUCGCCUUUCCCCAGCACUGGAACGUCCGUAUGCCCCUCAAUGACAAAAUGCGGACCUUCUCACGGAUUGCCUUCGUAGAAGAUGGGGUGGUGGGGCUGGACAUCCGCAGUCACCAGCAGUACACGACCCUGCCCUUCCCAGUCUUCACACAAGGCAAUGAAGCCCAAGACGCAGGCUGCCGUGUUGCGUCCGCCAACCCUUCUCCACCAGACGUACGGUACCCCAGCAGCGGUCCAUUUGCCUGGGCAGCUUUGGAUGGGCGCAUGGUCACGGGCCCAAUUCGCCCAUGCAUUCGGCACAUCCUACGUGCACAAAGUAUCGAAGCCUGGCGUAGUCGGCCUGUCCAAGGGCUUCUGCCACGCUUGUUAGACCAGGUGUUCACCCCCACCCUGGAUGUCUCAAUCUACACACAGUGCAACUUCACUACUGCGUGGUCACGAUGGCUCUUGCCAGCAGACUCCUCCCCGUUAGACCUGUCUGCGAUGGCGUGUCGUCUCCACCGGGCCAUUGGGGGGAGCUGGACAGAACGCCUACAUGCGCAUGCUACUGAAGCCACUGUUGCCUCACAAUGGGCUGCCCGUGUGGAUGAUCCAUCCCACCGUACCUGCCCCUUGUGCCGGCAGGCUCCAGGUACCCCGCGGCACGUAGUUAUGGGCUGUACAGCCCUGGCCCCGCUUGUGAACCUCCUGCGGGACGACAUGGAGAGAGAUUUGGCCGCCAUUGCUGGCUCCUCUCAUCUGCUCGAAGCUGCCCGUCGCUGGCAAACUUCUGUUCAACGGAGGGGCGGUGAACAUCCCCCUUCUCCUCCACCAAGCGUUGUGGAAAGGUGGCCCAUUCUUGCUGCCUGGCGUUGGCUGGUACCCAUUCCAGCAAGGGAGGCCUUGCUCUCACAGGAUGUCGCUGGCAGCAGUGCGGCAUCUGCAAACAAGGAGUGUGGUACUGACCUGGCUUACCGUGGAGUGCUCCCCAAAGCACUGGGGGUUGCAAUCUGCCAUCUCUCGCCAGCUUCUUUGGAGGACCUGGAACUGGAGCAGUUCGCCUCUCUGCGCAACUCUCGCGCUUUGCAAUCUGAAAUUCAGGCCCUCGCCCGCCGGCAACGCCCCUUCCUGCCUGCCGCUCAGUGCUGUCAGCGCCUUGUUGUAGGUCUCCGGUUCAUCCGCAGCGCGUACCAUGCUAGGGUCUCUGUGUGGCUUCGUUUGGCGGAAGCCACCUUGCCGCGGCCUCCCCCCCAAGCCUUGCCUGACGGAGUGGAAGACAACCCAGCUCCUGCUGCAGCAGGCUCCCUUUCCUCCUGGCUUGGGUCUGCGACUGGCACGGCAUUCAUCCAAGAACUGCGAUGGGCUCUCCUCCCACAGCAUGCCGCAACCCAACGCUUGCGUCGGACCGCCCCCUGCCGCCAUCUGCGGGAUGCGACACUGACCCAGCUCCUCCUGGAUAAUGGCGGUGCUUUUCUGACCGCUGGGCAGGCCUCUUGGGGUGCUCAACGUCCCUCCUGGUCAGCAGCUUUGGCGGGUCUGGCGUUGACUUGCAGAUGUCCUCCCGUGGAGCAUCAGGAUCAGGCUUUGGCCUGCUGGCACUGUGGUGGGGUCUCCCUGCCAGUGCACACCCGACCUGCGCUACCUUGCCCCUGGUGCCGCGGCUCGAAUGGCCCGUCCUGUGCUUCAUGCAACGUGGUCAUCCACUUUCGUGGGCGCUGCCGUUGGAACUGCGGUGCGCAUCGUGCGUAUGACACUUCCGCGCUCUCCAACAUCCCUUUUUGCCCUGACUGCUGGCAAACUUGGGCCCAUAGCCUGGCCGCAGCACCUCGCCGCGCUGAUGCUGCGCCUGUCUCAGACCGGCUUCUCCUUCACCUUCGUGGGAUGGCGGCUGCGUGCACCCCCGGCGCUGGGUCCGGGCAAGUGCACUCUACUCCUCUCCCUACCAGGCGGGUCCGACGCUGGCUGCUGCGACGCCUGUCUUCUGAGGGUCACGCCCCGCUCUCUCUGCUACUGCAAGAGCUGCGGCAGCUCGCGCAAGGGGUAGCUGAAGACUGGCCGCCCGUUGUCCUCUCUCGUGCUGUCCGGGCCCUUCAAAAUGAAGGCCUGGCCGUAGUGAACGUAGACUCCUUGGAGUUGCUGCGUCCCGCGUAA